AUGACCUUUUCUUCAUUCCAGUCAGUGGAAUGUGGCCGAAUUAUUGUUGGAGUUGCUAAAGGGGCCAAACUGAAGAGAUUAUUUAUGGGCAAUUUAUCCAGUUCGAGCCUUAGUGGCCUGUGUUUAUUCUUUGUGAGGUACAAAAAUGACAUUCCUAUCACAGCAAGAAAUAUUAAUGAGGAGGUGUCCUUUUGUGUCUUGGAUUGCACUGAUGGAAUACUUACUGGUGCUACGACUAUGAUAGAAAAGAUCUUUUUGCCUGCUAUUUGUGCAUCAGAAAACUGGGGAGCACUUAACCAGUCCAUACAUGGGGAAAGAGAAAAGAAAUCUUUCAAAGAGAUUAUUCACAGAUAUAUCACUUUCCUAAACGGUGCAAAAACAAGCCUUGAAAAAGCUGUAGUACUGAAGAGUGAAAAGGUUGAUCUUUCUCAGCUACGCUCUUUUGAACAAAUAAGGGGAGCAGCAUCCAAUCCAGAAAUGGUUUUACAGCUUGAAAAUCUGCUUUUGAAGUGGCACAAUCAACUAGAACUGGUGCUGGCACAAAGUAAUCAAGUGAGGAAAGAGGCUGAAGAUUCAGGUCCACUCACCGAACUCGAAUACUGGAAGUGCACAUCAGCUAAAUUCAAUUCUAUCAUAGAGCAACUUAAAGGACAACAUUGCAAGGCAGUAAUCAAUGUACUAAAUAUAAGUCAAUCAAAAAUGAUAAAGAUGUGGCAAGAGAUUGAUUCUCAAAUCACUGACGCAGCUAACGCAGCAAAGGACAAUGUGAAGUUUCUGCAGGCAUUGGAGCAAGUCUGUCACCCACUCUACAAUUCUGACCCAGUGACUAUGACGAAGAGUGUUCCAAAUUUAAUCAAUACCAUUCAAAUGAUUCACAAUGUGUCACGGUAUUACAACACUUCACAACAGCUGACUUCACUCUUUAUUAAGGUCACAAAUCAAAUGGUUACUGCCUGCAAGGCAUAUAUCACACAAGAUGGGACAGUUCGUGUGUGGGAUCAGGAUUCUGAAAUUGUUAUUAAUAAAAUGCAGGAAUGUAAAAAAUUAUUGGUGGAGUAUCGCAAAUAUUUCCAGAACACCAAGAAACACACAACUGAAACAGCACAAGACACUCCUUUUGAUGUGUCAGAAAUGUAUAUAUUUGGUAAACUUGAUGUCUUCUGUAAGAGACUGGCAAAGAUCACUGAAAUGGUUGACGCAGUGAAGACGUUUUCAGCAUUGCAGAAUUCCACAAUCGAAGGAAUAGAGAUCCUCGCAAUCAAAUUCCACAAUAUUUGUCUCAAUCUGAAAAAGAGCCAUUAUGACAUUCUGGAUCCUCGUAAGAAGGAGUUUAAUGCAGAUUAUGCUGUAUUUAUGAAGCAGAUAUCUGAUUUAGAGAGCCUGGUUGAUGAUUUCAUGCACAGCUGUUUUGCUAAAAUUAUUUCUUCACAACAUGCUUUACAUCUUUUGAAGCGAUUUCAGAACUUAUAUAUGCCUUCCCUCGAGUCAGAAAUUGAUGUUACGAUUGAGCGUAUUAUUCAUCACUACUCAGGAGAAUUAAUGUUCAUAAAAAAGUAUUAUCAAGCUAAUAAGGAGAAUCCUCCACUUGCUAGAAACAUGCCUCCUUUAGCUGGAAAGAUACUAUGGGUGAGGCAGCUCUUCCGACGCUUACAUGAGCCCAUUGACUAUUUCUAUAAAAAUUCUGACAUUCUAAAAAGCCCACAGGGCAAGUCUAUUGUGCGAAAGUACAACAAAAUUGCCUAUGUCUUGGUAAAGUUUGAAAUAUUGUAUUAUAAGGCUUGGAUAAAAGAAAUUUCAGCUAUGCAAUAUGUGCUGCAAGUACCUCUUUUGCUACGUGAUCCAGAUACUGGAAAAAUGGGUAUGAAUUUUGAUCAUAGAAUUACUGAAGUUCUCCGAGAGGCUAAAUGCAUGUUAAAACUGGGCCUGGAAUUGCCAGAGACAGCCAAAUGUUUGCUGAAGAAUGAGAAUACGUUGAUUAUCAACCAUACUUCUUUGAAGUACAUUCUUCAAACAUUUGAGAGUGUGUGCCAAGGAAUUCCUCCCGAAUUUGUGACAUUGAUAGCACCUAAAAUUAAAAAGAUUGAGUCUGUUCUGAAACAAGGAGUCACUUUCCUGAACUGGUCAUCUGUGACACUCAACAAAUUCUUCUCUGAUGCGAAUACAGCUAUCGAUGAAUUGGUUAUGUUGUUGAACACACUAGCUGAUCUGCGGGAGAUGCAUAUAGAUAGUGAACUGAAUGAAAUAGCAUCAAGAGUUAUUAUCCAACUACCAGAAGAUACACUGACUAUGGAAGACCUGCUAAUGUAUAAUGAGAUUUGCUGCAAAGAAUGGGUAGAGAUUUUAUUUCCAAAAGCCAGCAGCAUUGAAAAAACUGUGGACGGAUUAGUUGAAAUGUUUGUAGAGAUCGCCGACAGAGCUAAAGAAAAUUUAAAACCUGAUAAUCAACCAGAGCGUAGACGAGUUGUAUUUACAGAAGAACCUGAAGAUGAAAAAAUAAGUUUAAACUCCCUCUCUGUUAUUAAAGAUGACACUCAGAGCAAAAGGGAUGAUGAGUUUGAAAAGGAUGUUACAGAACUUUAUGCACAUUUUAGCCAUCAGUUGCUGGAUGCUUUAGUGAAAUCUGCACAUCUGUCUUUAGAAAUACUGAAAAGAAGAAUCUUCAACACCUAUGGCGGAAGAGGACAAUAUGGCUACUUAAACAAUGUUGAAGAAUUUGCUCCCUUUUUGAAGGUUGAGCUUCAUCUGGCAAUUCCAAAUGUGACUAUGGUACCAAAUCUGGAUGACAUUCAACAUGGUAUCAACCGAACAAUUCAAAUGAUUUUGGAAGUGAACCGUAAAGUGCAUCAGUGGAGGCAAUCAAAAAAUCAUCGUGAUAGUACUUCUGAUACAUUGAAGACAGCAGAAACGAAUGAAACCAAGAGUUUAAGGAAGCCAAAGAAUUUUUAUCACAAUGUGGCAGAACAUAAAGAUGUAACCAAAUUAGUUGUGAUGCUGUCUGCUUCUGCAAACACUAUGAAAAAUGCAAUCAUGAGUAUACAAGAAAAGUUUCAAAAAUACAGUAAACUGUGGUUGCAAGACAGAGAUACGACAGUUAAGAAAUUUAUGGAAAGUAACCCCAGUCUGCAUGAACUACGAACAAAAAUAGAGUACUAUGCUGCGCUUCAACAAGAUAUUGAAGAAAUUAGCUCCUUGGUUACAGUAGGUUUUAUCAAAUUGAAUACAGAACCCAUUAAAAUGGCUCUUUUGUUAGAAGCCAAAGCUUGGAAAAUGAUACUUUGUCGGUUCUUGAAUGAACAGUACAAGGGAAAAAUGUCGGAAAUAACAGCAUUUAUUAGUGAACAAAUGAAAAAUUUGGCCCGACCAAUUCAGGAUUUGGAUGAUGUUCAAUUUGCCAUGGAGUCUCUAGCAGAAAUACGAAGUAAUGAAAUAAAGAUGGAUAUGACUUUGGCACCGAUUGAGGAAGCAUAUAGUAUUCUAAAUAAGUAUGAAGUGGAGAUUUCAAAGGAGGAAGCUGAGGGAGCUGACACACUUCGUUAUUCCUUCAACAAACUGCAAGUUAGAGCUAGGAAUGUACAGGAUGAUUUGGUACAAGUCCAGCCCAAAUUUAAAGCUGACCUGCUGGAGGCAGUGGAUCUUUUCCAGAAGGAAGUGCUCAAGUAUGGACGACAGUAUGAAAAGGAAGGUCCGAUGGUUCCAGGCAUUAUACCUGCAGAAGCCAGUACCAGAUUGCAACUCUUUCAGAGUUGGUUUGAUGAGUUAUGGAGGAAGUUUGGAACAUAUUCAUCAGGGGAACGUUUAUUUGGAUUGCCAGUUCAAGAUUAUGAAAUACUGCAGAAAAAUAAAAAGGAGCUGGGGCUUCUGCAGAAAUUAUACAGUCUCUACGAUACAGUGAUGAAUAAAAUUAAUGGUUACUAUGAUAUUCUGUGGAGUGAGCUAGACAUUGAGAAGAUUAAUGCCGAGCUCUUGGAGUUUCAAAACAGGUGCCGUAGGCUACCCAAAGGCUUGAAGGAAUGGCAGGCAUUUCUGGAUCUGAAGAAGAAAAUUGAUGAUUUCAGUGAGUCAUGUCCUCUCCUGGAAAUGAUGUCCAGCAAAUCAAUACAACCUAGACAUUGGGAACGGAUAUCUGCAGUAACAAAGCAUCAAUUUAAUGUGGCAUCAGAAUCAUUCUCACUGAAACAUGUCAUGGAUGCUCCACUGCUUCAGUUUAAAGAUGAUAUUGAGGAUAUUUGCAUAUCUUCUGUGAAAGAGAAGGACAUUGAGGCAAAGUUGACUCAAGUGAUGCAGACCUGGAUCAGUCAGGUCCUAAGUUUCUCUUCGUUUAAGAGCCGAGGUGAGCUGCUGCUCAAAGGAAUUGAGACAGCAGAAAUCAUAACAAUGAUGGAGGAUAGUUUAAUGAUCUUGAACUCUUUACUCAGCAACAGGUAUAAUGCUUACUAUAAGAAAGAUAUUCAGACAUGGGUGCAGAAUCUGACGGCAUGUACAACUAUAAUUGAACAGUGGCUUUUAGUUCAAAAUCUGUGGAUUUAUCUAGAGGCUGUCUUUGUUGGAGGAGAUAUUGCCAAACAAUUGCCACAGGAAGCAAAACGUUUUCAAAAUGUUGAUAAAUCAUGGAUCAAAAUUAUGCAGCGAGCCCAUGAGAUUCCAGCUGUGGUCCAGUGCUGUGUAGGAGAUGACAUUAUGGGGCAGCUUCUGCCUCACUUACAAGAGCAACUGGAAGUCUGUCAGAAAUCACUAACAGGAUAUUUAGAAAAGAAGAGGUUGCUAUUUCCUAGAUUCUUUUUUGUCUCUGAUCCAGCUUUACUGGAAAUCCUAGGACAAGCCAGUGAUUCACACACCAUCCAGGCUCACUUAGCAGGAGUGUUUGAUAAUGUAAAUGAAGUAAUUUUCCAUCCAAAGGAUUAUGAUACCAUGUUGGCUGUCGUUUCUAGGGAAGGAGAAAAAAUUCAUUUGGAUACCCCAGUAAUUGCAAAGGGCCCUGUGGAACUAUGGUUAAGUGACUUACUGCGUGUCCAACAAGCAUCGUUACACACUGUGAUUAAACUAGCAUACUACAGUUUCAGUGAACCAGAAUUUCAGCUAAUACCAUUCCUCUAUGAGGCUCCUGGUCAGGUAGGAAUACUAGCAAUCCAGAUACUUUGGACACGGGACUCAGAGGAAGCACUUAAAAUGGCAAAAGAUAGCAAAAAGAUCAUGCAGACAACUAAUCAGAAGUUCUUGGAUAUGCUGAACUUACUCAUCAGCCAAACGACCCAUGACCUGACUAAGUUUCAGAGAAUCCAGUUUGAAACUCUUGUUACCAUUCAUGUUCACCAGAGGGACAUCUUUGAUGAUUUGGUCAAAAUGCAUAUCAGGACAGUGAGUGACUUUGAAUGGUUGAAACAAAGUCGAUUUUAUUUUAAGGAUGAUACACAAGAUGUAAGAGUGGGUAUCACUGAUGUUGAAUUUAUCUAUCAGAAUGAAUUUCUUGGCUGCACUGAUCGUCUUGUUAUCACACCUUUAACAGACAGAUGCUAUAUCACCUUAGCUCAAGCUUUGUGGAUGAAUAUGGGAGGUGCCCCUGCUGGACCUGCUGGUACUGGCAAAACUGAGACCGUGAAGGACAUGGGCAAAGCUCUUGGAAAAUAUGUCGUUGUGUUCAAUUGUUCAGACCAAAUGGAUUUCAGAGGAUUAGGGAGAAUCUAUAAAGGUUUGGCGCAGUCUGGAUCCUGGGGCUGUUUUGAUGAAUUUAAUCGCAUUGAGUUGCCUGUAUUAUCUGUGGCAGCACAACAGAUUUAUAUUAUUCUUAUAGCAAGGAAAGAAAGGAAAAAAAUAUUUAUCUUCACUGAUGGAGAUAGUGUAUCACUUAACCCAGAGUUUGGCAUUUUUAUCACAAUGAAUCCUGGAUAUGCAGGACGCCAAGAGCUGCCAGAAAAUCUGAAAAUUCAAUUUCGGACAGUGGCCAUGAUGGUUCCAGAUAGACAGAUCAUUAUAAGGGUCAAGCUUGCCAGUGUUGGAUUUUUGGAUAAUGUGUUGCUAGCACAAAAAUUCUUUGUGCUUUACAAACUCUGUGAAGAACAGCUCACAAAGCAAGUUCAUUAUGACUUUGGUUUAAGAAACAUUCUUUCUGUGCUGAGGACACUGGGAGCUCAGAAGAGAGCACGGCCAGAAGACAGUGAGUCAACAAUUGUUAUGAGAGGUUUGAGAGACAUGAAUCUGUCUAAAUUGGUGGAUGAAGAUGAACCCCUCUUCCUUAGCCUGAUCAGUGACCUGUUCCCAGGUAUACAAUUGGAUAGUAGCACCUAUGUGGAACUGCAGGCAGCUGUUGCUAAUCAGGUGGAAAUUGCAGGAUUAGUCAAUCACCCACCUUGGAAUCUCAAACUUGUUCAGCUAUUCGAAACAGCCAGAGUUCGUCAUGGACUGAUGACAUUGGGUCCUAGUGGCUCCGGAAAGACUUGUGUCAUUCGCAUCCUAAUGCAAGCACUGACUGAAUGUGGUGCCCCUCAUCGGGAGAUGCGCAUGAAUCCUAAGGCUAUCACUGCUCCACAGAUGUUUGGCCGAUUGGAUCCUGCAACUAAUGACUGGACUGAUGGAAUCUUCUCAACUCUUUGGAGGAAAUCCAUUAAAUCAAAAAAAGGUGAGAAUAUCUGGAUCAUUCUGGAUGGUCCAGUAGAUGCUAUAUGGAUAGAAAAUUUAAAUUCCGUACUGGAUGACAAUAAGACCUUAACGUUGGCUAAUGGUGAUCGUAUUCCCAUGGCUCCUUCCUGCAAACUAUUGUUUGAGGUACACAACAUUGAGAAUGCAUCUCCAGCCACAGUGUCCAGGAUGGGAAUGGUCUACAUUAGCUCUUCUGCUCUCAGUUGGAAGCCAAUUUUAAAGGCUUGGUUAAACAAACGUCCUCCUCACGAGGCCGAGAUUCUACAAGUCUUGUAUAAUAAAGCCUUUGAAGAUAGUUACAUGUACAUGAAGUUAAACCUGAAUCCAGUGAUGGAGUUGUUGGAGUGUAACUAUAUAAUGCAGUCAAUUACCCUUCUGGAUGGUUUGCUGGAAAUUGGAGCGACUAUUACUGAAGUGCACCUUGGGCGGCUCUUUGUAUUUGGACUUAUGUGGAGCGUUGGUGCCCUAUUGGAAGGAGAUAGCAGAGUUAAACUUGAGAAAUUUUUACGAAACCAUAACAGCAAACUUGACCUACCUCGUAUUCCUGCAGAUAGUAAUGAAACCAUGUUUGAGUUUCUUGUUAAUCAGAAAGGUGAAUGGGAGAACUGGAAAAUAUGGGUUCAAGAAUAUGUCUACCCAGCUGACAGUGAACCAGACUAUAAUUCAAUUCUAGUACCAAAUGUUGACAAUAUUAGGACUAACUUUCUUGUGGAUACCAUAGCUAAACAAUAUAAGGCGGUACUUCUGACUGGGGAACAAGGGACAGCAAAAACAGUCAUGAUUAAAGGAUAUUUGAAGAAGUAUGAUCCCGAGGAACACCUCUCCAAAUGUCUGAAUUUCUCUUCUGCCACAGAACCCUACAUGUUCCAGAGAACUGUUGAAAGUUAUGUGGAAAAGCGAGUAGGGAGUACAUAUGGACCUCCAAGUGGAAGGAAAAUGACAAUAUUUGUAGAUGAUAUCAACAUGCCAGUUAUCAAUGAAUGGGGAGAUCAGAUUACUAAUGAAAUAGUGCGUCAGAUGGUGGAAAUGCAUGGAAUGUACAACUUGGACAAACCAGGGGACUUUACUAAAAUUGUUGAUGUGCAAUUAAUGGCUGCAAUGAUCCAUCCCGGGGGUGGGCGCAAUGACAUUCCUCAACGGUUAAAACGGCAGUUCACAAUCUUCAAUUGUACUCUCCCCACUAACACUUCAAUUGACAAAAUUUUUGGAAUUAUUGGAAAUGGAUAUUUUCAGUCUUCCAGAAACUUCACCCCUGAAAUUAGCAGAAUGAUAAAAAAACUUGUUGCCACUAGCAGGAUCCUCUGGCAGUGGACAAAGGUGAAAAUGCUACCCACUCCAGCUAAAUUUCACUACAUCUUUAAUCUGAGGGACCUGUCUCGCAUCUGGCAGGGAAUGCUGACCAUAAAAUCCAAUGAAUGCUCUAAUCUAGAGACACUGCUGGCUUUGUUCAAACAUGAAUGUACCAGGGUCAUUGCUGACAGGUUCAUAAACGAAGAGGAUAAACAGUGGUUUGAAAAUGCAAUAACCCGUUCUGUUGAAGACAACCUUGGAAAAGAAUUGGCAGAAAAGCUUCACAAAGAGCCAUACUUUGUUGAUUUUCUUCGUGACAUGCCAGAGCCAACUGGUGACGAGCCAGAAGAUUAUGUAUUCAUUCUUCCUAAAGUCUAUGAACUGGUGCCAACCUUUGAAUUCCUGACUGAAAAAUUGCAGUUUUAUCAGGCACAACAUAAUGAAGGCGUCCGAUCAGGUUAUCUCGAUUUAGUCUUCUUCAAAGAUGCAAUGACGCACGUGAUGAAAAUAUCUCGUAUAAUCCGAACAGAUUGUGGAAAUGCUCUGUUGGUUGGAGUUGGUGGUUCUGGAAAACAAAGCUUUACAAAGUUGGCAUCCUUCAUUGCUGGAUACAAAACUUUUCAGAUCACUUUAACCAGAGCAUAUAAUGUUGGCAACCUGAUGGAUGACUUGAAGAUAUUGUACAGAACAGCUGGAGCAGAGGGGAAGGGCAUCACUUUCAUAUUCACUGAUAAUGAAAUCAAGGAAGAGUCUUUUCUUGAAUAUCUCAACAAUGUGCUCUCUUCGGGAGAGGUGUCAAGCUUAUUUGCUCGGGAGGAGCUUGAUGAAAUUACUCAGUUGCUUAUUGCAACAAUGAAGAAAGAAGCCCCUCGUGUCCCUCCUACUUUUGACAAUCUAUAUGAGUACUUUAUAAAAAGAGCAAGGAGGAAUUUACAUGUCGUCCUCUGCCUAUCCCCGGUUGGUGAAAAGUUUCGAUCUCGAGCACUCAAGUUCCCUGGCCUGAUUUCAGGUUGUACAAUGGACUGGUUCAGUCGUUGGCCCAGAGAGGCGUUGGUUGCAGUCUCUAGCUACUUUCUUUCUGGCUUUCACAUUGUUUGUUCAGAGGAGGUUAAAACCCAGUUGGUAGCAACAAUGGGGGUCUUUCAUGACAGGGUCUAUCAAACCUGUGAGGACUAUUUUCAGAGGUACCGUCGAAGAACACACGUAACUCCCAAAUCUUACCUUGCCUUUAUAAAUAGCUAUAAAUCUACUUACACAGAGAAGCAUGCAAAUAUCAAUGAGCUAGCUGAACAUAUGCAAAUGGGUCUCUCCAAACUCAUGGAAGCAACUGAAUCAGUGGCUCGUCUUGCUGAAGAACUAGCAGGGAAAGAAAAGGAGCUGGCAGUGGCAUCUCGUAAUGCUGAUAAGGUGCUAGGAGAGGUGACAGUGAGUGCAGAAGCAGCAGAGAUAGUCAAGAAUGAAGUCCUGAUGGUGAAAGAUAAAGCCCAGAAGAUCGUGGAUGAAAUAGCAGUGGAAAAAAAUGUUGCAGAGGGUAAACUUAUAGCCGCAAAGCCUGCAUUAGAAGCUGCAGAGGCAGCUUUAAAUACUAUCAAGCCUGCUGACAUUGCUACUGUGCGUAAAUUAGCCAAACCACCUCACCUGAUAAUGAGGAUUCUUGACUGUGUUCUGGUUCUCUUCCAAAAGAAAAUGGAUACAGUUACCAUGGACCCUGAGAGGCCCUGUGUCAAGCCAUCCUGGGGGGAGUCUUUGAAGCUGUUAAGCGGUACUGGGUUUCUGCAGGCCUUGCAGCAGUUCCCAAAGGACACCAUCAAUGACGAAACAGUGGAACUACUCCAGCCGUAUUUCAUUAUGGAGGAUUAUACAUUUGAAAAUGCUAAGAAAGUCUGUGGGAACGUUGCUGGUUUGUUGUCCUGGACUCAGGCUAUGGCGUCCUUUUUUGCCAUCAACAAAGAGGUUCUGCCUCUAAAGGCUAAUUUGGCAGUGCAGGAAAGUCGACUCCAAGGGGCCAUGAAGCAGUUAGGGAUUGCCCAGGCCCAGCUAGAUGAGAAACAAGCUGAGCUGGACAAGGUGCAGGCCAAGUUUGAUGCUGCCAUGAAAGAGAAAAUGGAUCUGUUGGAAGAUGCAGAAAACUGCAGAAGGAAGAUGGACGCCGCAUCAGCUCUGAUAGAUGGUCUGAGCGGGGAGAAAAUCAGAUGGACUGAUCAGUGCAGGGAAUUUAAAGCACAAAUUGUCAGAUUAGUGGGCGAUGUGCUGUUGGCUACCGGUUUCCUCUCAUAUAGUGGUCCCUUCAAUCAAACUUUCAGAGAUAUACUGACCAAAGUAAUCUGGGAAGCAGAGCUACAGAAAAGGAAGAUCCCAUAUACAGAUGGUAUAAACCUGAUAAACUUUCUGGUGGAUCAGCCUACGAUCGGUGAAUGGAACCUGCAGGGAUUGCCAAGUGAUGACUUAUCAGUUCAGAAUGGCAUUAUUGUUACCAAAGCAACCAGAUAUCCACUCCUCAUUGAUCCUCAGACACAAGGUAAAUCCUGGAUCAAGAGGAAGGAGCAAGAAAAUGAACUACAGGUAACAUCACUUAAUCACAAGUAUUUUCGCAAUCAUUUGGAGGACUCUUUGUCACUGGGGCGUCCUCUGCUUUUGGAAGAUAUACAGGAGGAAUUGGACCCUGCUCUGGAUAAUGUGUUGGAGAAAAACUUCAUCAAAAGUGGGACCACCUUUAAGGUGAAAGUGGGGGAUAAAGAAACUGAUGUAAUGUCUGGAUUCAUGUUGUACAUCACCACAAAACUUCCAAAUCCUGCCUACACUCCAGAAAUUAGUGCAAAGACAUCCAUCAUUGAUUUCACUGUAACCAUUAAGGGUCUUGAAAAUCAGCUGCUUGGCCGAGUGAUCCUUACUGAGAAACAGGAACUGGAAGCAGAGCGGGUGCAACUGAUAGAGGAAGUCACUGCCAACAAACGCAAAAUGAAGGAACUGGAGAAUAACCUACUAUUCAAGCUCAGCACCACCAAAGGUUCACUCGUGGAAGAUGAGUCUGUGAUUGGAGUCCUGCGGAUAACAAAGACAACAGCAACUGAAGUCAGUGAAAAGCUGCAUGUGGCAGCAGAGACAGAGAUAAAGAUUAACACUGCACAAGAAGAAUACCGGCCAGCAGCCACUCGUGGGAGCAUCCUGUAUUUCCUCAUCACAGAAAUGAGCAUGGUCAACAUGAUGUACCAGACUUCACUUGCACAGUUUCUGAAAUUAUUUGACCAGUCCAUGGCCAGAUCUAAGAAAUCUCCUGUUGCUUCAAAGAGAAUCAGCAACAUUAUUGACUACCUGACCUAUGAAGUGUUUAAGUAUUCAGUACGCGGCCUUUAUGAAACACACAAGUUCCUUUUCACAUUACUGCUGCCUCUGAAGAUUAACCUUGAACGUGGAUACAUCAAGCACACUGAAUUUCAGACUCUAAUAAAAGGUGGAGCUGCUCUUGACCUUAAAGCCAGUCCACCGAAGCCUUUCCGCUGGAUCCUUGAUAUGACUUGGUUGAACUUGGUAGAGCUGAGCAAACUCUCCCAUUUUGCAGAGAUACAGACCCAGAUAAAUAAAAAUGAGAAGCUUUGGAAAGUCUGGUUUGAUGCAGAAGCUCCAGAAGAUACAAUAAUUCCAAAUGGAUACAGUGACUCAUUGGAUUCUUUUGGCAAGCUGUUGCUCAUCAGGUCAUGGUGCCCUGAUCGAAUUCUCUCACAAGCUCGAAACUACAUUUCUGACUCAAUGGGAGAAAAAUAUGCCGAGCCGGUGAUUUUAAACUUAGAGAAAACGUGGGAAGAAAGUGAUAUACAAACUCCUCUGAUCUGCUUCCUGUCCAUGGGAUCAGAUCCCAGCAACCAGAUUGAAGGAUUGGCCAAGAGGCUUGAAAUUGAUUGUCGGGCAAUAUCCAUGGGUCAGGGACAAGAAGUUCAUGCCAGAAAGCUGCUGGCAAUGUCCAUGCAACAGGGUGGAUGGAUCUUACUGCAAAACUGCCACUUAGGUCUGGAGUUUAUGGAUGAGCUGUUGGAGAUCCUGAUGACAAGUGAGAAUGUGAAUGAAUCUUUCCGCGUAUGGAUCACCACUGAGCCGCAUCCAAAGUUCCCGAUCACACUGUUACAGACUUCCAUUAAGUUCACCAAUGAACCGCCUCAGGGAGUGCGUGCAGGACUGAAAAGAACAUUUACUGGGAUCACACAAGACCAAAUAGAAUAUUCCAACCUGCCCAUGUGGAAACCACUACUGUAUGCAGUCGCUUUCCUGCACACCACUGUCCAGGAACGACGGAAGUUUGGUCCACUGGGUUGGUGUAUUCCAUAUGAGUUUAACUCCUCAGAUUUCACAGCCAGUAUCCAGUUUAUACAGAACCACUUGGACGACUGUGACAAAAAGAAGGGUGUAUCAUGGAAUACCAUACGAUACAUGCUCGGAGAAGUUCAGUAUGGAGGACGUGUUACAGAUGACUAUGAUAAGCGACUACUUAACUGCUUCACCAAGGUGUGGUUCAGUGAGAAGAUGUUUGAUCCCAAAUUCAGUUUUUAUACGGAUUAUAUUAUUCCAAUAUGUCCUAACAUCGAGAGCUAUCUGGAGUAUAUUCAGACUCUACCUAUCACUGACACUCCUCAGGUGUUUGGCCUUCAUCCAAAUGCUGACAUCACGUACCAGAGUAACACUGCAGCUGAAAUUCUCAACACUAUCACCAACAUCCAGCCAAAAGAAAGUGGUGGUGGAGGAGGUGAGACUCGAGAAGCCACUGUCUUCAAACUCGCUGCGAGUAUGCUUAAAAAGCUACCUCCAGAUUAUGUGGCACAUGAGGUGAAAGCUCGCCUCAUAAAAAUGGGGAUUUUGAAUUCUAUGAAUAUUUUCUUGCGUCAAGAAAUUGACCGAAUGCAGAAGGUCAUUGCAAUGCUUCGGAACUGUUUGAGUGACUUACAGCUGGCUAUAGAGGGAACAAUUAUCAUGAGUGAGCAUUUAAUUGAUGCUUUGGACAACAUAUACGAUGCUCGUGUCCCUCAGGGGUGGAAGAGGAUUUCCUGGGCUUCUUCUACUUUGGGAUUUUGGUUCACAGAAUUCCUCGAGAGAAAUGCGCAAUUUUCCAACUGGAUCUUUGAGGGCAGACCCAAUGUGUUUUGGAUGACGGGGUUCUUCAAUCCCCAGGGAUUCUUAACUGCAAUGAGACAGGAAGUAACACGAGCACAUAAAGGCUGGGCACUGGAUAGUGUUACUCUGCACAAUGAAGUAACAAAACUAAUGAAAGAAGAGAUCAAAGUGCCACCUGUGGAAGGAGUUUACAUCUAUGGCCUUUACUUGGAUGGAGCAGGUUGGGACAGGAGAAACAUUAGACUGACCGAAUCUAUUGCCAAGGUUCUUGUUACAAUGCUACCUGUCAUCUACAUAUUUGCUAUCAAUUCCACUGCACCCAAAGACCCCAAACUGUACAUCUGUCCAGUCUAUAAAAAACCCCAACGCACAGACCUGACGUUCAUCACUGUGCUCUACCUGAAAACUCUCCAGCCACCUGACCACUGGAUCCUGAGAGGGGCAGCCUUGCUCUGUGAUAUCAAGUAA